GAGCGGCUCACCUCCAGGCCGCCAGGGGUCGCUGUUUCCCCGCUGCAGUUUGUUUGUGUUGUGAGCCAGUUUGGAAGAUGGCGGAUCCAGAGGAGGCUGAAGCUAAGCCUACUUGCUCUUUCAUCUUUAAAAAGUCUACAAAGAAAUUCGCCGGCCGAAAAAGGAAAGCUAGCAACAGCGAUAAAGAUGGCAGCAGCGAGGAGGAAAGAAACAACGUUGUGCGAAGAGAAAAGAAAGACGCCAAAGUCAAUCCCAUGGUUCAGCGAUCCAAGAAGGUCGAGAAGGAAGCCGUUUCCUCCAGCGAGGAUGAGGAGACGAAGGAGAAGAAGAUAACCGUGGCGUACAAGUCCACUCGCUCAGCAAAACCCGAGGGCCCAGACGACAUGGGAGCCACGGCGAUCUACGAGCUGGACACGGAGAAAGACAAGGACCACCAGGCCAUCUUCGAACGCAGUCAGAAAGUGCAGGAGGAGCUGACCGGUAAAGAGGACGAUAAGAUCUACCGCGGCAUCAACAACUACACCAAGUACAUAAAGCCCAAGGACACCACCAUGGGCAACGCCUCCUCCGGCAUGGUCAGGAAGGGACCAAUCAGAGCUCCAGAGCACCUGAGAGCGACGGUGCGAUGGGACUACCAGCCGGACAUCUGCAAGGACUACAAGGAGACCGGCUUCUGUGGAUUCGGCGACAGCUGCAAGUUCCUCCACGAUCGAUCGGACUACAAACACGGCUGGCAGAUCGAGAGGGAGAUGGAGGAGGGUCGCUACGGGGCCAACGACGAGGAGAACUACGAGGUGAGCAGCGACGAAGAGGACCUUCCCUUUAAGUGCUUCAUCUGCCGGGGCUCCUUCAAGAACCCCAUCAUCACCAAGUGCCGGCACUACUUCUGUGAGACCUGCGCCCUGCAGCAUUACCGCAAGUCGCAGCGCUGCUACGUGUGCAACACCCAGACCAACGGCGUCUUCAACCCCGCUAAAGAGUUGAUGGCGAAGAUCCAGAAACAGCAGGCCUUACUGGACCAGCCGCCGUCCGAGGAGGACGACUAGCCCCUGCUCCCACGUCCCCAACCCGUCCGUGUUCCGUCUGUACCCGUCUGUAUGUCUGUACCCGUCUGUCCUCUUGACUGUUUUUGAAUAAAGUGAUAUUUUUUCCAUUACCAACUGCCUUGUUUACUGAACCGAAGGAUUGAAUGGAACCGUUUUCAG